GAAAGUCAACAACAAAUCGCUGUGACGCAUCGCAUUGGCUUGAAUUUUUGGCAAUUAGCCGUUUGCAAUUAUAAAAUAAUCCAAGAUUCUCAACAGACGACGUGUUGGCUAGUGUUGCGAUAACUUCAAUUGCGUUACGUUACGUUAAGUUUGAUGCGUUAAUUGAACGAUUCGUUAAGUUGGCUCUGCCGAAUUUUUGGCGCCAUUUCGUAUGUAAUUCAAUUGAAUAUGAAUAGCAGUUGGUGUGUGAUGCCAAACAAAAUAACGGAUGAGCACAAACACAACUAAAAUCAAAACAAAAACGCAAAGAAAAAACAACGCAUACCACAUCAAGUAUACGUCACGAUGUCCAAUGGCAAAGCAGCUGCAACAGCUGAUAAAAAUGGCGCACUGAACGAUCGUCCUUUAUUCAUGCACAAUGGCAACAACAACAAUCGUCGCAUUUCCGGCAUUAACGAUGUGGAAGUCAGCAACUUUCGCCGGGCUCUGCCACAGUUUCUAGCUGUUAGUAUUAAGAACCUAUUGCUAUUCGGGUAUGGCAUGACUCUUGGCUUUCCCACAAUUGUUAUACCAGCCAUUCAGGGGGGCGAGGGACGCAGAGAGGGUUCCGACAGCGGGAUAGUGCUCAACAAAGAGGAAAUAUCAUGGUUCAGUUCGAUUAAUUUGAUUUGUGUGCCGUUGGGUUGCCUCUUCUCUGGCCUAUUGACCCAGCCCCUGGGCAAGCGGCGCGCCAUGCAGUUUGUCAACCUGCCCAUACUGGCUGCCUGGCUUAUGUUUCACUUCGCCACGCGCACGGAGCAUCUGUAUGCGGCUUUAUGCUUGGCUGGUCUCGGCGGCGGCCUGAUGGAAGCGCCCGUGCUGACAUAUGUGGCCGAGAUAACGGAGCCGAGGUAUCGGGGCAUUCUGUCGGCGCUGGGCACCACCUGUGUCAUCACUGGCGUCUUUGUCCAGUUCAUACUGGGCUCGCUCAUGGACUGGCGCAGCGUGGCGGCGGUGAGUGCCGCGUUCCCGGUCAUUACGAUAGUCAUGCUGUGCUUUGUGCCCGAGAGUCCCAUUUGGCUGAUACGGGAGCAGCGAUACCGGGAGGCCGUCAAGUCGCUGCAGUGGCUGCGCGGCUGGGUGCCGGAGCAUCAAGUGGAGACGGAGUUCAAUCAUCUCUACGAUGAGCUGGUUACCCAGAAGGCCAUCGAGGAGGCCACCGAGGGCAGUGGGGCGUUGCCCGGCCAGCGACGCACGCUGAAGCAUCGGCUGCGGAUGUGGCGUAAGCGCACCUUCCUGGUGCCCUUCCUGCUCGUCUCGUUCACCUUCUUUACGGGCCACUUUUCCGGCAAGACGCCGCUGCAGACGUAUGCCGUGCAGAUCUUCCACACCCUGAAGGCGCCCAUGAACAAAUACCAUGCUACGAUCCUGCUGGGCGUGGCCGAGAUGCUGUCCACCAUACUGGGCGUCGCUCUGAUCCACUUCACGGGCAAGCGGCCGCUGGUGCUGAUCUCGACAGUGGGCACGGGCUUGUGCUUCCUCGGCACCGCGACCUAUGCGCACUUCCUGAACGAUGUGCCCGGCUUUGCGGUCAACAAUGUGGUGGUGAACGCCUCGGCGAUUGUGCCUAAGGGCAGCAUCAUAUCGCAGGCGAACAUAUCGAAGAUAUUUGAGAAUCAAUACCAGGAUGAGCUGGAGCAUCAGCACCAGCUGCAGCAGGAGCGAGAGCACAAACAGGAGCAGCAACUGACCACGAUGCUGCCGGAACUGGAUACGACCACGAUAGAACAAUCUGACACGACUAUGGAGCCAUGGAAUCGUAGCAAACGCGAAUUGGACACGACACUAAGCCCACAUAACGUGGACGAACUGGAAGUGACUACGCUGCUGCCCGAGCCAACGGCUGCUGCUCCUGCAGUCGUCACCAGCGAAGUUCCGCCAUCGAAGCCCCCGAUUUCGGAAGAUCUGCUGCUGACUGUGCCCAAGCAGGAGCGCAACUAUUUGGUGUGGGUGCCGCUCAUACUGCUGCUAUUGUCCGCCUUCUUCUCCCAUCUGGGCAUUCGCAUGAUACCCUGGAUACUCAUUGGCGAAGUCUUCCCCGCCGACAUACGCAACAUGGCGUCCGGCUUUGCCGGCGGCGUUGGCUAUGUCUUUGGCUUUCUGGCCAACAAGCUGUUCCUGCUGAUGCUCAGCGCGCUGACGUUGCCGGGCACGUUUGGGUUCUAUGCCUGCGUCGGCUUCAUUGGCGCAGUCGUGCUCUACUACACGCUGCCUGAGACGGAGGGCCGCACACUGGCGGAAAUCGAGGCGCAUUUCUCCAAGAAAUCGGAUACGAAUCUGCUGCGCAAACAGCCGCCACAGCACGCAGCCGAAAAGCAGCAGAGUCCGCCUGUGAACGGAGCGAAUGCCAUCCAGCUGGACAACCUGCAGGAUCUGCACAUGCCGAUCAGCCCGCUGCAGCAGGCCAAGAUUAUACAGUUGCAGCAGAGCGACUUCGUGCCCCAAGCGCAGCCGGAGCGGACGACAGACCGAGGCGUUGCCCUGAACGGCGUCAGCAACCCCGCCUUCGAGGAGACCAGCAAUACGACACAUCUCUGAGGUCAUUCUUACCUUCCUUUCCAGUGAUAUCCCUAAGCAUUAAAGUAAUACCAUAAUAAGUACUAAAUCCCGGCUAA